AUACGUGUUUUCAUAUAAAUUUUGCAUUUCAUACACCAUUCCUUCAUUAAUGACAUUUCUAAAGUAUAAUAGAAAUUUUUUAAUAAUUUCAGGCAUUUUGCCCUCAUAUUGAUCAUCAUUGUAUCUAUCUUCAUAAUUAUUGUACCCGUCACCAUCGUACUCUCCCUAAAACAUUUAAUACAACAUACAUGUUAUUAUUUAUUACAAUGUUAAAUACAAUUUAUUAUUACCUGAUCGUAUUCCAUUAUUUCAAUGUUAUUCUGAUCAACAAAGAAUAAAUACAAAAGCUAGUAGUGAGUAUAUUUGGAUGGUAAAAUAAUAAUAUAAUACACAAAUGAAAAACUUAUAUUCAUCAAAUAAUUCAAUAGAAACUUAGUAACCUCAACAAAAAAGGAUAAUGUUAACCUAUAAAAAUUGAAAAGUCAAGGAAGCUCUACUAUUAUUUGUUGGUGGUGUGAUUAUUCUACCACGGUUAUAAUGGUUUUGUAUUGUUUAUUACCAAGACUGUUACCAUGAAAUAUACUACGUGGUAUGACCACAAAAAUUAAUUUUGGUUCGAAUUUGCGCAUUACGUCACGCAUCUACCCAUAAUAUCAAUAUUAAUAAUAAUAAUAAAAAAUAUUAAAUGACGUCACGAGAUUAUCGAACGAUAUGACUAGCAGGCAACCGAACGUUACAAUCCUACAACGUUGUUUAUAUCAUGGCCGCUACUAUUGUUGUAUGAUAAAAUCUCCAUCUUCUUUUGCACGCCGAACGACCAAAUUCUAUAGAAAACAACCAUUUUAAAUAACUAUUCUUGGAUUCGGUCUUUCGAAUUCUAUAGCUAAAUAUUUGUAUUCUAAUUAGAAUUAUAUAUUUAAAUUCAAAAUUAUGUGAGCCAAUUAUUUAUCGUUCUUCUAAUUAAAUUUUGGAUAUGUGAGUACCUAUAUUUAUUAAUUUUCAUUUAUGAUGACUUAUAGGUUAUUUUAUAUUUUGUGUAUAACUAGUCAUGCCUAGUUUAAAUAAUUUCAAAUGACUUUCAUUUAAAUUCAUACUAAUCAUAAACCUACUUCAUUGUUAUUUUAGAACUUAGAAUCGGCCUAUAACUGUAAUUAUGGCACUACCACCAACAUAUAAACAAAUAGCAAUGAAUCAACCAACAACUCCUGCUCGUAAGUAUUAAAAGAGCAUUAUCUUUCUAAUUUGAACUUGAUUACCUGUUUGUAUUUUACAUUAAAUACAAGAAUUUGUUAUUAGUUAAUUAAAUUCUACCCAGGUUUACCUGUUUUUUUUUUUUUUUUAUUGUUGCUUUUUUCUUAAAGAUUAUUUUUUUAUUUAGGUAUAAUUCAAUAGGUAUUUAAAAUAAUCAAUAACCCCUACUUAAUUAUUACCUUAUUUUUUUUUUAUUACUAUUAAAUUUUUACAACUACUAUAUUAUUACAGUUUAUUAAAAAUAUGUGUAUUAAAAUAUAUAUAUAUAUUACCUAAUAUGUAAAAAAAUCUAUAAAUCAAAUUUUGUAACUAAGUUAAUUUUUCAAAGUAUAUUUUUUUUCAAAAUGUGUGUUUUUUCAUGUACAUUAAAAAUCUAAAAAAAAAAAAAUGACUUCAUGAAGUUCAAAUUUUUCGUUUCACUUUUUUUUUUCCAAAAUGUGUGUUUGUUUUUUAAUGUUUAAUCCAUUGGUAUAAUAUAAACUUACCUAUCAUACUUACUUUUAUAUUUAUUUUACAUAAACUUAUUCACCUAUAAUGCUUUUUCAUUUACCCUGUUACCUACCAGACAUAGUUUUGUACAACAAAUCGAAGGUUAUUUUCAAUUAAACAAUUGUCCGAGUGAGUUCAGUGAACAAUGGUGUGUUUGAAUGUUUGAAUUCUAAAACUAAGCCAUAUAAACUUAUUCUGAUUUCAAUAAAAAUAACUUAGUUAUCAAAAUAUCAAUAACUACAAGUAAUAAUAAAAACAAUCUAUUUUUGACCAAAUUCUAAAUUAAUUCCAAAUAUUUUUUAAGGUUUAUGAUAUACAAUAAUUAUGAUAAAUUUUUAUUAUACUUGUGGUUUAAAUAUUAAAAAAACUUAUUUUGGAAAAAAAAAAUUGAAAAUGUUAAAUUCUAACUGAGAAAUAUGUGAGUUGAGAAAUUCCGUACUGCAUGAAGUUUUCCUCUAUAACUACCAAACGAAAUUUGUCAGACUAUUUUUUUUUUUAGAAAAUUAAUGUACAGGCAAAAACACAAAUUUUGAAAAAUAAAAAAUUUGAAUAACAAAUUUGGGUUGUAAACCAGAUUUUUCCAUAAUAAUAUAUUUUUUAAUUUUUUAAUUUUCAUAUUUUUUUCUCUAUUUUAUCAAUUAUAUUAUACGAGUUAAUGAGCAUUGAAAUCGGUUGCAGAGCCUAAUUAUUAAAUAAAAGCAAUUUUUUUUUAUAAAAAUAUUGUAUUUGUACUGCGUUAUUAAAGUACUUAUAUAUUUUUCAACUUAAAAGUAAAAUAAAAAUUCAAAAUGUUUAAAUUCAACAGCAAUUACAGCAAUAUUAGAAUUAGAUAAUCCAUUAUUUUGCUCGAUUAUAUUUAAUUACAUAUUCAUUGUUCAUCUACUCUAUAUCAUUCAAUAAUUGAUAAACCACUUUAUGCCUAUAGAUUUUACUAUUCAGUUUGCAUGUAUCAUGUUUUUAUUAUAGUUUUAGUUAGUUUUUUUUUAAUUUUUUGAAUUUGAGCUUGUAAAAUGUGUGCCCACAGGUGCUCCAGUUACAUUCAACAUUUUAAAAGGUAAAGUUUUUAGUUUUUUUUUAUUUUAAAUUAUUUGAUCAAACCAUAUAAAGUUUAAGAUGCACUCAUUUUUGCACACAUGCCAUAAAUCACAUUAUUUAUAAAAAUAUCUGUCACUUUUAUUUUUGGUAUUUGUAGUACCUGCCCACUAUAAAAUAUUUUAACAUCAUAUGUAUAUAGGGUUAUCAAUAAUAUUUUAUUGUUAAUUCCUAAAGUUUUGAAUUUUAAUUUAUUAUUUUGUUUUUUAUUUUAAAUGUAUAAAAUAAUAUUCUGUUAUAUGAUGAUAGACUGCGUACAAUUCUUUACAAUUUUUAGUAUUAAUAAACUAUAAUUGAGUAAGAAAUAACUGAAAAUAAAGUUUAAAUUGUCUAUCUUACCAUUAGAUUGCUAAUUAAACCUAUCUAUGUUUUUUAUGUCAUACAAUUUAUUUAAAACAUCAUAUAAACAAUUCUAAAAUCAACAAACAUUUGAAAUCAACUUCUGUCAUUGUAUCACAGGAUUAAUGUUAAUCAAAUAAAUGAAAACAAAAUAUAUUUCAUAAAUAUCUAUCUUAAAAUUUAAUAUAAAAGAGUUAUUGUUUUGUUUUAAAUUUUAUUUAUAACCUUGUAUACAUAUAUGUUCAUAAAUAGAAACAAACUAAUGUAUUAUUCAGUUAUUUUAUGUGCAAGAGAAAUGGUGGUGGAUAUAAAUCAGUGCACGAUUAAAAACUUUCAAUUUUUAUAGGAAAACUUGGCUUCAAUUACAAUUAUCUUAAUAAAUAUGUUAAUCAUAUAUUUAUAAUAGUAUAAACACCUUACCGCAUAAAUUAAUAAUUCAAAUCUAAACAUUAAAUGUUCUUCUUUUCUUUUUUUUAUUGCCAUUUAAUCAAAUUUAAUUUUUUUUUUUAUUUACUACUUCUUAAUUAUAAAUGUGAGCAAAAAUAAUGUUUUCAUAUAGUGAGGAUUUUUACCUCAAAACAAAUAAUAUAAUUUGUGAAUAGUUUCCUAAUUUUUUCAGCGACUAAAACGGGAUCCUAUCAAAAUGGUUAGUAAGUCUUAUUUACUUAUUUUAUUUAUUCUGUACUAAUAUGCAUGAAUUUUUCUUACUUAAAUGCUAAGUAGGUAAAUAUGCUAUUUGAAUGUUAAUAUAAGUGAUAUUUAAAAAAAAGAGGUAUUUUAUUAUUUAUGUGUGAAUUUUUUUCUUGAAAAUAAAUUAUCAACAUUUUCUGUCUCUGCACAUAAUACAUAUUAUUAUUGGAAAAUCAAUUUUCGUACUUUCAAUAUAGUUAAAAAUAUAUUAAUUACUUAUAAUUUAUGGGGUGAAAAAUCAAGUUUAAAAUUUUACUUUAAUACCCAUGUAUGUGAUUAAGUUAUUGGACAUUAAAUAUAUAUUUUAAAAUGUAAGUAUUGACUUAACAAAUUUUUUUUGGAAAUAAUCAACAAAUAUAAAUUUAACUAUUUUGGAUAAAUUUUGUAUUAUUUUUCAUUUUAAUGUAAAAUUUUGUUAAUAUUACGUUGCAAUAUGUUUGUAUGAAAUAAUUUUUCAAAUAUCACUUACUAAUAUAUUUCAUUGCUGUCUUAUAAUUUGUAAACUGUAGAUUUUUGUUUAGAGCAUGUUUUUAAUAUAUUUUUAUAAGCGUGCAUUCCAGUAGAUAUUGUUAAAUAUUAAUUAUUAUAAUGUUUAUCUUGAAUUAUCUUAUAGCACAAUCAUCUAUGUAUCCUAUACAUUUAAGUGUUGUUUAAUUUUAAUUAUACAUCUAUAUUUUAUAUUGUUUGUAUUGUAUAAUUUUUACUUCAAAUUUAUCAUAAUACAUAUUUUAUUAAUAAAUGUAGGAUUCAAAAUAUAUAUACAUUUAUUUAUUUUUUUAAAUUUAAAAACCAAAAUUGAACUUAACUAAACAUUGUGUACUCAAAUUGUAUACUCUUUUUUUUUUAGAAUAUUUCUUUUGAUGAGUAUUAAAUUUGAGAGAAAUUAAUUGUAAAGUAUAACAAUGAUUUUCUUAAAUAAUCCAACUAAUGAAAAUAUAUUUAAUAAAUUUAUUAAUGUUUUAUAAUUUAAUAUUACUUAUUAUUACAGAACGUUUAAGACCUGGUGGAAGUUCGAGUCAAUUAUCUGGAUCUGUAAGUAUUUGGUUAAGUAAUAUUUGUUCUUCAUUGGGAAUUCUCAGUUUUACAGUAAUAUAGUUUUUUUAUUCUAAAGAAUGUUUUUGGCCAGCAAACUUGAUAUUUUCAAAAGGUUUAAAACAUCAGCUUUUUUUAAAUAAGGAAGAUGAUAAUAUUAAAAAAAAAAAUUUAAAUAUGGUUGAUACUUAUUGAUAUAAAAGUUGUCUUAUUAGUAUUGCACACACAUAGAAUGAAAAUAAUUUCAUCUUAAUUACUCCUUUUAAAGACCAUACCAACCACAUCAGUUCUUAUCUCUUUCAUUUCCCCACUGUCCCUAGAAUUCCCAAACUACCUUUUAUAAACACAUUUCUUAUUUCCAACUAGGUUUACAUGGUCUAAUACUCAACAAAAAUCUGUAUCCUUAUAGUUUUAUAAAAACAAAAAAAUGUGUAAAUGGUACAUUUUUAUCGUCUAACCCUACAACUUCUAUCAUUAUUUUACAUAAUAAUGUUACCAAUAUAUAAAUUUUUAACAAUACAUUUUUCCCCUGAAAAUUGUACAUUAUUUUAAAUUUCUUUAAUUUAUCCAUUUUGCCCUUUCAUCUCAUAAAAGUGUUUUAAUUUUUUUGUCAUAUCUUGAAAGAUUUGUUCCUUUAACGAUACUUUACUUGAAAAUAUGUUUAAAUUUUCUUAAACUUUUUGUUCUAAUUUCAUUCAAGAUCUAAAAUACAAAUUUAUUAUAUUGUAUUUAUAAUAUUCAAUCGUCAAUCUAAGUAAAACAGAUUAUCGUAUAACAAAUGUUCUUAUUAUUAGUCUUCAUCACAUCUAUUUGAGAUUGGACAUCCUCAAUGACCCGAUUCCCAAAUUGCAUACAUUGGAUGUCUUCAUAUCAUAUAAUUCCAAUUAACGACUUUUUUGAUUUUCUUUUCCUCUUUUCUCCUAUGUUUAUUUAUUAUUUUUUUCAUAUAAAAAAAAUUUUUUGUAAAGCAGUAAUAUAUUAUUUCUUUUAUAGAAAGAUCAAAAUCAAAGUCCAUUUAUUCCAAAUAGCCAUGGAAAUCCAGCUUUUCAUCCACAAAAAAUUUCAAAAGCUGCUGUAAGAUUUUUUCAUAUCAUCAAUAAUAAUUUAAUAUUUUAUUAUUAUGUAAACAAUUUUAAAGGCCGAUGCUCGUGGUAUUAAACCUCCCAAGCCACCUGAAAAACCACUUAUGCCAUACAUGCGAUAUAGUCGUAAAGUUUGGGAUCAAGUUAAAGCUAGUAAUCCUGAUCUAAAAUUAUGGGAAAUUGGUAAAAUUAUUGGACAAAUGUGGAGAGAUCUUCCAGAAGAUAAUAAACAAGAAUAUAUUGAUGAUUAUGAUUCUGAAAAAGUAUUGAACUAAUAGAAUCUAAGUUUGAAUUACAUAUGUCUAUGUAAUCUUAAUUAAAAUAAUUAUAUAUUCUAGUUAAACUAUGAAAAAGCUAUGAAAUUAUAUCAUACAUCUCCUGCUUAUUUAGCCUAUUUACAAGCAAAAAAUAAAGGUAAAUUAAAUCAAGUAGAAGAUAGAGAACCACAUGAAAGGUCAACUGGUGGUGGUAAACAAGCUGCUGCAGAUCGAAGAAUUGAAAUACAACCAGCUGAAGAUGAAGAAGGUAUAUUAAAUUUUAAUUUAACAAUAAAUUAAACAUCUAGAUAAAUGUUAAAAUAAUAUUAAUUCAAUAUUUUAGAUCAAGAUGAUGGAUUCAGUGUAAAACAUGUAGCAUAUGCUAGGUAUAUUAGAAAUCAUCGAUUGAUAAAUGAAAUAUUUUCUGAUAGCGUUGUUCCUGAUGUACGUUCAGUUGUUACUACCGCUCGCAUGCAAGUUUUAAAACGACAAGUUCAAAGUUUAACAAUGCACCAAGUAAAAUAACUUAUUUUUUCUUAAAAUUAUUUACUUGUUUCUUUAUAAAAUUAUUUGUCACACAAUUUUAGAAAAAACUAGAAGCUGAAUUACAACAAAUAGAAGAAAAAUUUGAUACUAAAAAAAGAAAAUUCAUUGAAUGUAGUGAUGCAUUCCAACAAGAACUAAAAAAAGUAAUUACAACAUUUUAAAUUUUAUACACUUUAUUUGAAAUUAAUUUAUGUAAUUCGUAGCAUUGUGUCCAAGCUGUGUCAGAGGAAGCAUUUCAAAAAAUGGUAGAACGCCAGGUAGAUAUAUUACAAAAAGAACGAACUAAAACAGUGUGUCUCCCAGUACCUUCAGAAGAAUUUCCUAAGGUCCAUUGUGAACAGCAGUUAGAACAAAAUGGAGCUGUACCAUUAGUUGAGGAAGACACUUCAGCAUGUGUUGUUCCUUCUAGUACUACUGAUGAUAAUUCAACUAUGGAAGCAGAGGUACGUAACAAUUGUUCUUAAAUUUGUAAAAGUAUUUAAAUAUAUUUAGUUUAAUUAAAAAGGAUCAAUUAUUAAAUAUAAUAUAUAUCGUCCAUGAUAUAAUCCAUUUAAACUCAAUAGUUAAUAAUGACAUUAAUCGUAUUUACAUCUAUGGAGUUGCAUACAAUAAGUUGAGCCCCUGUUUUCUGUAUUUCAAACAAAUUAAUGUCUAUAAAUGUAUUUCAAAAUUAUUCAAAUUUAAAAAAAAAUUCAUUUAAAUGAGAUAUUCUCUGUAUUGAUAAAUCCUUUAAUAUAUGAUAAUAAAAGAAUAUAUAUAUAAAAUUGACAAAAUCUUAAUAUUUAUAGUUUGGGUUGCAUGAAUUCCAAAUGUCUACCUUGUCUAUUAGAGUAAGUCAAAAUUAUUACUGAUCAGAUAUAAUUUUGUAAAUAUAAAAAUUUGUAUUUAUUAAAAGUAAAAAAAAAUAUAUAUAUAUUCAUUUAUUAAUUAAUUAAAGCUUAAGUGAUAUUAUGACCUAAGUUUUAUUUAUUAGCAUAAAAUUAUUAUUUUUAAAUUUAAUUUUCAGUCUGCAAUAUCUUCAGAAAGUUCAAUUAAAUCUGAACCACUUAUAGCAGAAACUAGAGAAAAUGGAGAUAUUACGACUCCUGCACAACAAGCACAGCUAUCACAAGAACUGCUACCUCCACAACAACAGCAACUACCACCACAAUUUCAACCAACACAAUUCCAUCAACAACCACAAUUUCAACUUCAACAGCAACUAUCACAAACCCAAUCUUUGCAACCUCAACAGCAUAUUUUACAACCACAAAAUACAUUACAACUACAAUCAGGACAAGUAUCUCCACAACCCCAGCUUCAGCCACAACACUCUCCUCAACCACAACCUCAGUUACAACAAUCAGCUCCUCAAUCUGUGCAGUUACAUCAUCCACAGCAACAAUCAUUGCAACCACAUCCUACUCAACAACAACAACCUUUACAGUCUCAUUCUCCCCAACAGCAACAAUCUUUACAAGCACAACUCCCGCAACAGCAGCUUCCACAGCCACAACCAUCACAGCAACAUACUUCUAUGCAACAAUCUCCACAGCAGCAAUCACCUGCAACUCCACAAAUUCAAUUACAACCUCCACAACCACAGUUGCAACCUCCACAACCACAAUUGCAACCUCUACAGCCUCAAUUGCAACCUCCACAACCACAGUUGCAGCCUGUACAAGCACAGUUGCCAUCCCCUCAAGCACAGAUGCAGUCUCCACAAACAACACAGUUACAAUCACCUCAACUAACACCACAGCCUCCUCAAUUACAAUUGCCACAAACACAGUUACCACAACUUCAAUUACCACCACCACAACAUUUACAGCCACUGUCGCAGCAACAACAGCCACAGCAAUUACAGCCACCACAACAAUUGCAAUCUCAAUUACAGACUCCACAGGCCCAAACUCCUCAACCCCCCUCAGUCAUGAUUCCACCGCCAUCUUCUAUUCAGCAAACUUUGGGAUCAGAUUCACCGUCUAAUGUUGUUUCAUCUACUACAGAAUCGCCACCUAAAUUAUCAGAAAAUCAAGUAUAUCCAACUUCUGCUCCUAUACCUCAAUCUUUUCCAAAUUCUUUAUCACAGACUUAUACCCAAGGAUCACCAUUUCAACCUGCACAAAAUUCUCAAAUCACUGUUCCAAAUGCAUAUCCUUCAAACCAACCCCCUCAAAAUUCUGCACCCCCUCUUCAUCCACAUCCAAGUAUGAUGCAACCCCCUCACAUUCCACCACCUUCUCAAGCUACACAAUCAUCAACUUCAUCAACUGGAUUCCCUCCAUAUCCUCAACAGCAACCUUAUUCAUCCCAACCCAUGCCACCUAGACCUUAUGCGUACCCUCCUCAACAGUAUCCCCAAUAUACACCUCAUCCAUAUUAUCAUCAAGCACCAUAUCAACAAUACCCUCAUCCACCGCCACGUGUAGCUUAUCCACAGCAAAUUAGUUCUGUAAAUCAUCAAGAUCCAAAUCAACCACCACUUGAAAAUAUGUAUAAUACACAAUCUAUUUCUGGACCACCUGAAAAACCAAACGAUGAAAACAAACAGUUAAUUGAUGAAGGAAAAUCUGUUGAAAUGAAUACAGGUAAUACUUUGUGUUUUUUCCUUCAAUCACAUUAUUUUUAAAAUACCAUUUAAAUUAUUCACCUAAAUUGUUAAUAGCUAAAGAAAUAUGACUUCCUAUCUCAAUAAUUAAUGUCAUUUAGUGUUUAAAUAUCGACUCGUAACACAAUUUUAAAUAACUUUGAAAACUUUUUUAUUUGUAUUCAAAAAUAUGCAACUGAGUGUUAAACGUUGUCGGGCCCCCUAAUUGAUUGAUUAGAAACAAUUUUUAUGUAAUACAAUCCUAUAAACUGUAUGCCAUGGUUGUCACCAGUACCACUGUGCAUAGUGAAUCAUAAUAUCUAAAUACCUACUGCCAAGUUAUUGUAAUUACACACAUAAAAUACUAUUCCAAUGAAAAUACAGGAAACAAAGAAAUAUUAUAUUACUUUAAACUAAAAUUGUAUCAUUAUUCAAAUUAAAACAAAGCAUUUGUGCAAAAUAUGUUAAUCAACUACGGCAAGAUAAGAGUGGGGAAUGCAUGCUUAACAAUUUUUGUCCGCCACCUGGUGUACUAAUUGAAUAAAGUAUAGGAAUAAUUAAAAACACAUUCAUUUUUUGAGAAAGUGUGUAAUAAUCAAUUAACUAUAUUGAAACUGUUAAAACAAACUUUAGAUUGGAAAGAUAAUAUAAUUAAAAAUUGCAGUAAGCAAUAGUAUUUGAGAAAUAACAUUUCUUAAUUUUUAUUUUUGAGGUUUAGUUUCUUAAAAAUGUACUCAUUUUUUUAUUACUAUACCUUGAUAUAAAAUAUUUCCCAAAUAUGAAUUUUUGUUAAUCGUAUAUUAAUAUACAGUUAAAAAUACAUCAUUUAAAUGCUAAUAUUUUAUAUCUCUACAUUUAACAUAUCAAUUAACUUACUACUAUUAAUUGGUAAUACCUUUUAAAUAUUACAGGAACGUGAAACUAAUUUAAAAUAAUUAUUUGUUUGUAGCUUCCGAGAAACUAGCUGAGCAGGAAGAAACAACAGCACCGCCUGCAUCAUCAUCAACAAAUUCUGAUGAUGUUUCCCAAUAAUAUCAAGCUUUUAAAUUUUAAUUAUUUCAAGAAUAAUGGUUUUUUUUUUUUUUUUUUUUCUAAUAAAUUUUUUUCAAAAAAAUACAUUAUAUGCUACUAUAAUUAUUUUAUUUAAAAUAUAUUUGCUGUGCGUAUUCAAAUAUGAAUAAUGUAUAUAUAAAAUUAAUUAAGCUUAAUUAAUCUAAUUAAAAUUAGUAUAUAUAUAUAAUAAGCAUACAAUUACAUGUUUUGGCAGGAAUACAAAUUUCAAAGUUGGUUAACUAUAGAAGUAAUUAGCAUUUACAAUUAUACAUUAAAAAAAUAAAUUACAUUAACAUGAUACAAUAUUAAUUAUAUAAUAUAUUUAAUAAAAGGGAACUGUAAGUAAUUAGCACAAUAAUAUUAAUGUUACAUACAAUGUAGUUAUAUUUAAUUGCAUACAAAUUAUCAAUUUGAGAUAUUUAGUAAAUUACAAUUUGACAUUAAUAACUUUGGACAAAUAUAUAUUAUAUUUUAGUUUACCAAAUGUAUGAGUUUUAAGUGGAAAAAAACUACAUGACAUAAUAGUUCAUUAUUUUAUACAAAUCUUCAUUAUUUAACAUUUAUAUUUCUCAGUCCAUUUAUCACAAUAUUUAUAACAUACAGAAAAUGAAGUAUUUUUAAUAUUUUUAAUUAUACAAGAUAUAUAUAUAUUAAAUUUGUAAUAUGGUUUUUUAUAUAAAAAUAUAGUUUCCAAACUUAUACAAUAUUAGAAAUUAUAGUAUAUUACAUUUCUAAUUGCACCCGUUUUAAAUAAAUAAGACAAAUUUAAAUAGUUUUUUUCAUAUAUAUAUAUAUAAAACAACAAUUUUUAAUUUAAAGUUAAAUAGGCACUACAUGUUAUUUGAAUUUUCUGAUUUAGUUCAGACGAUUAAAUUUCAUAAAAACAUGACAUUUAUAUAUUAUUUUUUAAUACUUCAAAUUUUAAUAUAAAGAAUAUUUCUUCUUUUAUAAAACUUUAUUAGUCAUAAAUACAUUUAAAUAUUAUUUUUUAAAUAUUUUACAUGUCUUGGAACCAAAAUUGUGAGCCACUUAAAGUAAAAAUGUUUUAAAACUGAGAAAAAAAAUUGAUUGUCAUAUGAGCAACCUAAAAUUAAAUAUGGAAUGACCCUUAUCAUAAUCACAUUUUUGUCAAAAAUAUCUUAAAAAUAAAGGACUAGCUCAAAUCUUUUAGACAAUAAAUUAAUAGAGAAAUAAACUUAAUUUAAGAGAUUACAAUCUGAACUCAAGCUUUGCAUGAUCACUAAAAAGCUUGGUUAAAAUUUUAUAGGUUUAAGUAUAAGUAACAUCUUAUUGGCCAUAAAUAAUUGAAUUACGUUUACUAGACACCCAACGCAUAAAUACACAAAACAUAAUAAUCAUAGUAAUAGUUGACAUUAAUAGAAGACUGGCAAUGAUUGACAACUCUAGAAAACCUAUACGGGAAUGGGGAGGUGCACCAACUCCAACCAAAAAUGUCCUGAAACAAAAUUAGAUAUUAUACUUAUUAAAUGAAAAAAUGAAUAAAUAUUAUUUAAAUAUAAAUUUUACCAAUAUAGAUAAUUUGAUUUUCUAUAAAAAUCAUCAUUGGGCUGUCCGAAUGACACAUUAGUUGCUUUCAGAAGAUAACUAUGAUCGAAUAUUGAAUUAUUAAACAUUGUAAAUAAAGGAGUUUUAGUCCAAUCUUUUACAUCAAAAUGAUCUAAAACCGCAUACUGAUUUGUAGAUGAAGAAUUUAAUGCAUGCGUAUCAGCUGCUUUAUACAUUACUGGUUUCCAACUUAGAUAACCACCUCCGCCUUCUUUAUCAUCUCCUUUUGUAGUCACUAAAUAGUUCUAAAAUGUAAAUCAUAAGUUCAUGAAAUUUCUUACAUCAUGUAAAAUAAAAGAUAUACAAUAUUUGUAAUUUAUCCUUUAAAUAUUUGAGGAAACUCAGAGCGUCAAUUUGACAAGGCAAUAAAUAGCUAAAGAAAAACAUAUAAACAAGAAACAGAUAAUUCAGUGAUUUGGGCAAGCGAAGAUACCAAUGAUGUUGAAAUAAAUAAACAGUAACUGAAAGGAAAAUAUGAUUAGGAGUAGAUUAUAUUAUUUAAAUUCAUAUUUAUGUAUCAGACUAAUUUCCAAAAAUGUAUUUACAAACAUAGUUUAAACAAUUAAAUGUAAAUAUUUUGCAAAAGCACAACUUUUACAUAAUAAUUUAUUAACUUACCAAAAAUGUACCACCAGAUAAUUUAUCAUCCGAAAAUGUAUCUACUGAUAUUUCUUCAGAUUUAUUAAAUGGAAAAGAGCUCAGAGAAAGUAACUCAACAGCAAAACGUGAUUUUGUAAAAUUGGUUUUCAAUUGAUCAAGUGUAAUUGUAAGUUCACCAGAUUCAGGAGUAUGGGUAAGGCAAGGGAGCUUUGAUCCUAUACCUUUUUCUCCAUAUAUUUUUAACUAA